AUGGCGGCAGCAACCAGCUGCAGCUCGCUCCUCCUCCUCCUCCUUGCCUCGCUCAGCGCGUUCUUCUUCUUCCAUGCCACCGCUGUGCACACCCUGGCUGCCGCCGCUGCCGGCGGAGCAAGCAGGAUCGAUGCGACGACGGCCACCACCACCACCGAUGGCGGUGACGCUGACGCCAAGGUGUACAUCGUGUUCACGGAAAGGCUACCCGCGGCGGCAGAGCCGUCGUCGUCGGAGCAGGACACCGGCGCGGCAGUUGCGUCGUACCACCACGGCCUUCUCGACACCGUGUUGUUAGAUGGGAGUUCCAGCGCUCCAGACCGAGUGGUGUACCACUACUCGAGAGGCCUGCACGGCUUCGCAGCCAGGCUCACCAACGACGAGAGGAACAGGCUCGCCGAGAAGGAAGCCGUUCUGUCCAUCCACGAGAAGGUGGUGUACAGGCCUCAGACGACGAGGUCAUGGGACUUCAUCGGCCUGCCUCUGCCGCAGCAGCACCAGACGGACCCGCUGCCCUUCGAGAGCGACGUCAUCAUCGGCAUGAUGGACACCGGCAUCUGGCCCGAGUCCCAGUCCUUCUCCGACGACGGCCUCCCGCCGCCGCCGGCCAAGUGGAGGGGGGUCUGCUCCAACUUCACCUGCAACAACAAAAUCAUCGGAGCGCGCGCGUACCAGAACGGCAGGACGACGCUGUCGCCGCGCGACACGGACGGCCACGGCACGCACACGGCGUCGACGGCCGCGGGCCGGCCCGUCGCCGGCGGCACGGCCCGAGGCGGGGCGCCCGGCGCGCGGCUGGCCGUGUACAAGGUGUGCUGGGGGUCGGCCGGGUGCUCUGCCGAGGACAUCCUGGCGGCGUUCGAUGACGCGAUCUUGGACGGCGUCGACGUGCUGUCGGUGUCGCUCGGCACCCCGAUCCCGUUCGACUACGCCGACGACACGAUGGCCGUGGCCGCGUUCCACUCCAUGCGUCUGGGCGUCGUCACCUCCGUCGCCGCGGGCAACGCUGGCCCCGAGAUGGGGUCCGUAAGCAACGUCGCGCCGUGGAUGGUCGUCGCGGGGGCGGUCAACACCGACCGCAAGAUCGUCAGCGAGCUCGUGCUCGGCGACGGGAGGCGCGUCGUGGCGAACUCGUCUAUCAAUGUGUUUUUUCCUCAUCUUGGGAAGCCGGCGCUGCUCGUCGACCCUGGGAGCUGCACGGAGGAGUAG